AUGUGAAAUAGGAGGCCCUAAACAAGGGAGUAUUAGUGACAGCGGAUCCAGUAGUUUCAGCUUCUGUGCUACACCGCUCUUCUUGUUCAUGGGAACACGGGACAAACCAGAAAGUCUCAGAGCAAGCACUAGCUCCAGGCCAGCUGCUGAGAGUCGGACCCUACCCACCGUGGGACUACAUGUGAGCAGUUUACGGAAACAAGGGAGUAUUAUCCAUUUAGCACUACAGAGAGGAUGUCUAGGAACAAAGCCUGAGCAUUCGCGUGUUCCUGGAUUCUUCCUUUUUGGCAGCACGCUGGCAUGCACAUUGAGAUCCUUGCACCGGGAUCCUGUUCACAACAUCAGCUUUCUGGUGCCUUUCAUUUUGGCUUAGAAAAAGAAACACUCCAAAACCUCAAUACCUGUCUGUGGAUUAUAGAGAGUCAUUGGGACCCGUUGGAAUGCCCUGGGUAUGAACUUUCAUUAUAUCACACGAAACAGAACAUGAGAUUUCAGUCUUUUAUUGAUAUAAAGGCUGGAAUUUUUUCCAGCUUGAUCUAAAGGAGUGACAUCAUAGUUCAGCACUGCAUUAAGCUACACAGUUGAUCGUAUGAUGUAACAGGGCUCCUGCAGAACAUAAGCUGGCCUGAUUCCGGUUGUUGUUUGUGGAUCUUAUAAAACUAAUGGGAGUUGACUUGAACUUUUAAUGUGAUUUUUAUUUAUUUUUUUCAUUUUUAAACAUGAUUUUUUUUCUGAAGCUGUUACUUUUAAUUGGAGCAAUUUGAUGAAAAAGUAUCUUUGAGACAUUUAAAGCUCGUUUUUCACCACAGAUCAAAGCUUUGGCAAACGUUCUGCAGGAAGCUUAAGGCGUGGCUGUGAAUGCAUCGUGUUGGAGCCUUCCGAAAUGAUUGUGGUGGACUAUAUGGAUGAGAAUGAAGAAUAUUUCCAGCGCCAGGCAUCUCAUCGGCAGUCUCGUCGGAGGUUUCGCAAGAUCAACCAGAAAGGCGAGAGACAAACGAUUAUUGAUACAGUGGAAUCCUAUCCUGUUGGGAAACCACCGUUGCCAAGAGGGUAUCACACGGAAGGCUCUAAGCCUCAGCUUCCUGCUGAUUUCACUAAACUGCACAUCACAGACAGUCUACAUCCACAGGUGACGCACGUGUCCUCCAGUCAUUCAGGAUGUAGCAUCACUAGUGAUUCUGGGAGCAGCAGCUUGUCUGACAUCUACCAGGCCACAGAGAGUGAGCCAGGAGAUAUGGACCUGAGUGGGCUACCAGAGACUGCUGUAGAUUCAGAAGAUGAUGAUGAUGAAGAAGAUAUUGAAAGAGCCUCUGACCCUUUAAUGAGCAGGGACAUUGUCAGAGACUGUUUGGAGAAAGAUCCAAUUGACAGGACUGAUGACGAUAUUGAACAACUUCUGGAGUUCAUGCACCAGCUGCCUGCAUUUGCCAACAUGACAAUGUCUGUAAGACGAGAGCUCUGUGCAGUCAUGGUGUUUGCUGUGGUCGAGCGAGCAGGAACUGUCGUACUAAAUGAUGGGGAGGAGCUCGACUCCUGGUCGGUUAUUUUAAAUGGCUCAGUAGAAGUGACAUAUCCUGACGGCAGGACAGAAAUACUGUGCAUGGGGAACAGCUUUGGUGUGUCGCCAACCAUGGAGAAGGAAUACAUGAAGGGAGUGAUGAGAACCAAAGUGGAUGACUGCCAGUUUGUAUGCAUCGCCCAGCAAGAUUACUGCCGCAUCCUCAACCAGGUGGAAAAGAACAUGCAGAAGGUGGAAGAGGAGGGCGAGAUUGUGAUGGUGAAGGAGCACAGAGAGCUUGAUCGCACUGGAACCAGGAAAGGUCACAUUGUCAUCAAGGGAACUUCGGAACGCCUAACCAUGCAUCUUGUGGAAGAACAUUCUGUGGUUGACCCGACAUAUAUUGAAGAUUUCCUCCUCACCUACAGGACUUUUCUUUCUAGCCCUAUGGAAGUGGGAAAUAAGCUACUGGAGUGGUUUAAUGACCCUAGUCUCAGGGACAAGGUUACACGAGUAGUGUUGCUAUGGGUAAACAAUCACUUUAAUGACUUUGAAGGGGACAUAGCCAUGACUAGAUUUUUAGAAGAAUUUGAGAACAAUUUGGAACGUGAGAAAAUGGGUGGCCACCUAAGGCUGUUAAAUAUUGCAUGUGCCGCCAAAGCAAAAAGAAGAUUGAUAACUCUAACAAAGCCCUCCCGAGAAGCCCCCUUGCCUUUUAACCUGCUGGGAGGGUCAGACAAGGGAUUUGGAAUCUUUGUAGACAGCGUGGAUCCAGGAAGCAAAGCGGCUGAGACCGGCUUGAAACGAGGAGAUCAGAUUUUGGAAGUAAAUGGGCAGAACUUUGAAAACAUUCAACUUACCAAGGCUUUGGAAAUCCUAAGGAACAAUACUGACCUGUCCCUCACUGUGAAAACAAAUUUAUUUGUGUUUAAGGAACUUAUGGUCAGAAUGUUAGAGGAAAAGAGAAAUAGUGCCCCACACUUGCCCAAAAUUGGAGACAUCAAGAAAGCCAGCCGCUAUUCUAUUCCUGAUCUUGCUGUUGACGUGGAACAAGUUAUUGGACUUGACAAAGUGAGCAAAAAGGGCAAAGCCAAUACUGUCGGAGGACGAAACAAGCUGAAAAAGAUUCUUGACAAGACACGCAUCAGUAUCCUGCCUCAAAAGCCUUACAAUGAUAUUGGAAUCGGUCAGUCUCAAGAUGACAGCAUUGUCGGUCUCAGACAAACAAAGCACAUGCCGGCUACACUACCUGUGAGUGGGACACUAUCUUCCAGCAAUCCUGAUUUACUGCAGUCCCAUCACCGCAUCCUAGACUUUACUACAACACCAGAUCAACCAGACCAGGUGCUGAGAGUUUUCAAGGCUGAUCAGCAGAGCCGGUACUUAAUGAUAAGCAAGGACACCACUGCUAAGGAAGUGGUCAUCCAGGCAAUCCGAGAAUUUGCAUUAACUGCUGUACCUGAUGCCUACUCCUUGUGUGAAGUGUCUGUCACCCCUGAAGGUGUCAUCAAACAAAGGCGACUUCCUGAUCAGCUUUCCAAGCUGGCCGACAGAAUACAACUCAGCGGAAGGUAUUACCUAAAAAACAACAUGGAAACUGAAACACUCUGCUCAGAUGAAGAUGCCCAAGACCUUCUAAGGGAGAGUCAGAUCUCUUUGCUGCAGCUCAGCACCAUUGAAGUGGCAACCCAGUUGUCUAUGAGAAACUUUGAGCUAUUUCGGAACAUUGAGCCCACAGAGUACAUUGAUGACUUGUUCAAACUGAAAAUGAAAACUGGCUGCGCCAACCUCAAAAACUUCGAAGAAGUCAUUAACCAAGAGACCUUCUGGGUGGCCUCAGAAAUUCUAAGGGAAACUAACCAGCUAAAAAGGAUGAAGAUCAUCAAGCAUUUUAUCAAGAUCGCUCUACAUUGUAGAGAGUGCAAGAACUUCAACUCCAUGUUUGCAAUCAUUAGUGGCUUAAAUUUGGCACCAGUUUCAAGACUCCGAACAACUUGGGAAAAACUCCCAAGUAAAUACGAGAAACUCUUUCAAGACCUCCAGGACCUUUUUGACCCUUCCAGAAACAUGGCGAAAUAUCGUAAUGUGCUGAAUAGUCAGAACCUUCAACCCCCCAUUAUACCUUUAUUUCCUGUCAUCAAGAAAGACCUCACCUUCCUACAUGAGGGCAAUGACUCCAAAGUAGAUGGAUUAGUGAACUUUGAGAAGCUUAGGAUGAUUGCAAAAGAAAUCCGUCAUGUGGGAAGAAUGGCUUCAGUGAAUUUGGAUCCAGCGCUCAUGUUCCGAACCAGGAAGAAGAAGUGGAGGAGUCUGGGGUCUCUCAGUCAAGGCAGCACCAAUGCUGCGGUACUCGAUGUAGCACAGUCGGGGGGACACAAGAAACGAGUGCGUCGCAGCUCUUUCCUUAAUGCCAAGAAACUAUAUGAAGAUGCCCAGAUGGCUCGUAAGGUGAAGCAAUACUUAUCUGAUCUGGAUCUUGAAAUGGAUGAAGAGAAUCUUCAGACACUUUCUGUACAAUGUGAACCAGCAACAAAUACAUUGCCAAAAAAUCCAUGUGAGAAGAGAUCAGGGAAGCCAGACACGUCGCCUGUUGCACCAAGGGCAGCGGCGCAGCACAAACAGCAACAGCAGCAGCAACAAGCGAAGGUGAACCAGGCAUUGCAAGUCCCUGUUGUAGCUCUUUACCCGAGUCGUAAGAAAGUGCCUGUCAAGGAUCUUCCACCCUUUGGGAUCAACUCUCCCCAAGCUUUAAAGAAAAUUCUUUCGUUAUCAGAAGAAGGAAGUGUGGAAAGGCACAAGAAGCAGGCAGAGGACUCCUUAUCAAAUGCAUCUUCUCAGCUUUCAUCCCCUCCAACUUCCCCGCAGUGCUCUCCCAGGAAAGGUUACACCUUGGCAGCUAGCGGCACAGUGGAUAACUUCUCUGACUCGGGACACAGUGAAAUCUCCUCCCGUUCCAGCAUUGUCAGUAACUCCUCCUUUGAUUGCAUGCACUUGCACGAUGAUCGGCGGCAGAGGCAUUCAUUGAGCAUAGUGGAGACCAAUCUUGGUGUGGGAAGGGCUGACAGAAAAACCAUGAUAGAUGCAGACCAGUGCAGCCUAGGCUCUUACGCGCCAGUGGUGGAGACUCGUGGCCUCUAUGCAGGUGCAACAGUUCUCUCUUCCCCCAGUAUGGAAGAGCUGUCCCAGGAUCAGGGGGAUCGAGCUUCUUUAGAUGCAGCUGAUAGUGGCCGUGGAAGCUGGACUUCAUGCUCAAGCGGAUCCCAUGAUAACAUUCAAACUAUCCCUCAUCAGAGAAGCUGGGAGACUCUUCCAUUUGGUCAUGUUCAUUUUGAUAACACAGCUGAUGGCUCAGGCUUCUGGGCCACAGGUAGCCACCACAUAGACCAAGGAAUUUCUCCUGAUCAUAGCACAAAAUACAGCAGAUACAACCAAGGAAGAGAACCUUUGGAUCAAGCACAGUCAAGAGCCAGCUGGGCAUCAUCGACAGGCUACUGGGGUGAGGACUCGGAAGGUGAUACUGGCACCAUUAAGAGAAGAGGUGGAAAAGAUGUGGCCCUUGAAGCUGAAACCAGCAGUAUAAUGUCAAUGGCUCCAGAAGAAACAAAGCCUCUCCCUGUCCCCACACAUGUAGCUGUCACUACAAGUUCUGCAAAAGGGCUCAUUGUGUAUUGUGUCACUACAGCAAGGAAAGAAGGCCGGUACAGAGAACCACCUCCAACACCUCCGGGCUAUGUCGGAAUCCCCAUAGCUGACUUUGCUGAAGGACACUCACCUCUAUCUAGAAAGCCACCAGAUUACAAUGUGGCCUUGCAGCGUUCCAGAAUGAUGGCUCGGAGAAGUGAAAGUGAAGGGUCGGCAGCAACUUCUCCACCAUCACAUAAUCAGCCUUCUGGCAGGACUGCAAACAAACCCCAGUGGCAUAAACCAAACGAGGCUGACCCAAGGCUUGCUCUCUAUCAGGCACAAGGGGUUACAGCAAAGGAUGAUGCAGACGAUGAGCAAGUAUCUGCCGUCUAAGGAUCGGAGCUUUUCCCAUUGCUGGAUAAGCCACCUUGAAAAGGAGAGCACAAUAGAUACAGCGGGAGUCUAUGGAACGAACAUCCACAAUUGUGCACCUGUUUUCUCCUUCUCGGCCUUAAAGCAGCACUGGGCAUCGUUUACCCUUGGCAUGUGAAAUACUGUGAAGAAAUCACCUUGGCACUUUUUGUUCCCAAAAAAAAAAAACGUUGUGGCUUGAAAUCCACAGUCCGGCGGCCGUCUGUCCUGCUGACUGUCACCUUGUUGCACAGUAUCAUUCCAAACUCGUCAAUCAUCAUCACACAACCCUGACUGCACUUCUUCAUGGCUAGAAGAGCGUUCUUUUUGUUUUGUUUCAUUUUACAUUUCAUUUUAUACCAUCCCUAGCAUGGUCUUCAACUUGGAUUCAAAUGGCCAUGCUUGGGUAUAGGAUUGCGUUCGCUCUUUUUAACGUCGGCUGAGAUUGUAAUGAAACAGUCUCUGUACACACACACACACACACACACACACACACACACACACACUGAAUUGCUUUCUUUUGUUUACACUGCCUUUUUCUGUUACAAAAUGCGUGAGGCAUCCCGUGUGCUAGAGAGCCUUACGAGCGGAAUUUCGUUACAUCAGGAGAAUUUCAGUGUUAUUUCACAUCUAACUUAUGACUGCUUUUUUUUUUUACGUUCCUAGAGAUUUUUAAUUGAACUGGAUACUAUUAAAGUGACGGCAGCUCAACUCAUGCUACUAGCUGUUAAACUGACCCGAUUGCAAGCUCUUAUGACCACCGACCUGUUGACGUUGAUUGCAGCACAUGAAUGGGAAUGGAUUCAUAUCAUUGUGGGACUCGGCACUUGUAGGAUAGUCCAAGGUGCAGCGACGGCUCACAGCUGCUAUUUAACACUUUGCUGACCCAAAUCAGCAUCCUCUAAUAACGUCUUCUUCUUCUUUGCACAGACUCCGGAUUAGUGAAGGCUGCCCGUCCCAUGAACACUCUUGUGCGAGGAACUUGUGGUUAUUAUUAAUAUUUUUCCAUCGGAGCUCAGCUGAUCAUAUUGAUCAGUGAAUAUACUUAUAUAUAAAUAUAUAUAUAUAUAUAUAUAUACACAAAUGGAAAAAAAAAAGAUUAAGGAAACAGAAUGCAGUGUUUUUUUCACUGUGUAGAACAAUGUCAGUGAUUUAUUUAAUGAUUCUCUCUAUCCUGUUCUCUCGAUCUUGCUUCUGUAUCACAUCGCUAUGUAAUUUUCCAUGUAAGGUGCAUUAUUUGCCAGCUUUCUUAUGUAGGCGAGGGCGUGAAUAUAGACAGACAGACAAGCCCAGCUCUCUCUCUCUCUCACACACACAAGUAUACAUUGCACAAAUGAACAUUAUGUAAUUGUAGGUAAUAGGACUGCUGAUCUCCGUUCACUCUGUGAUGUCAAGUGCAGAAUGUACAACUGACUGGUGAUUCCCUCAUACUUUUGAUACUACUUGUACCUGUAUGUCUUUUAGAAAGACAUUGGUAGAGUCUGUAUCCCUUUUGUAUUUUUAAUACAAUAAUUGUACAUAUUGGUUAUAUUUUUGUUGAAAAUGGUAGAAAUGUACUAUGUUUAUGCUUCUACAUCCAGUUUGUACGAAGCUGGAAAAAUAAAUAAAUAUAACAAAACCGUC